AUGGUUCCUUCUUUCUUCGCCGAGCGUUUCUUCGCUCUGUUCGACUCAGACGGCAGCAGCUCCAUCAGUCUGGAUGAGCUGCUCGAAGCUCUGGACCUUCUAAUCCACGGCAGCGAAACCGACAAGCUGAGAUUCCUGUUCCAGGUCUACGAUGUGGAUGGCAGCGGUUCCAUCGAUCCAGACGAACUCAGGACGGUUCUGAAGUCCUGCCUGCGAGAGAGCGCCAUCUCCCUGCCGGAGGAGAAGCUGGACGACCUGACGCUGGCGCUGUUCGAGUCGGCCGACAAAGACAACAGCGGCUCCAUCACCUUCGAGGAGCUCAAGGCUGAACUGGAGAACUUCCCAGAGGUGAUGGAGAACCUCACCAUAAGUGCUGCUAACUGGCUGAAGCCUCCAGAAGUGGACCAGAAGAAGCGUCAGACCCCUCGGUACCUGACCCGGGUCUACUGGCAGAACAACAGCCGGAAACUGCUGUUCCUGUGCGUCUACGCCCUCCUCAGCCUGCUGCUGUUUGUGGGUGCCAUGCUGCAGAACAGCCACGGCGGGGCCUGGUUCAUGGUGGCCAAAGGCUGCGGACAGUGUCUCAACUUCAACUGCACCUUCGUCAUGUUGCUGAUGCUGCGACGCUGUUUAACGUGGCUGAGGGCGACGUGGGUGGUGAGAGUCCUGCCUCUGGACCAGAACAUCCUGCUGCAUCAGAUUGUCGGCUACGCCAUCCUCUGCUACACUCUGGUUCACACCACCGCCCACAUCUUCAACUUCGUCGAGCAGCAGGUGUCCUCCCAGCUCCAUGCAGGCCCAGACAGCCUCUGA